CAAGGUGGGAAAAUUGAUUUAACUUAGGAAUUUAAUUCUGUUUAACGUUCAUUUAGUUUACAAAUUUUGUAAAUCAGUUAUAAAAGAUGGAAGUUAAAGAGUUAACUGAUGAUUAUAUUAGCGAUGUGGAACCAGAUGUCGACUCAUCCGACCCGAAUGAAAGAAAAUUGGCCAGAAAAUUGAGAAUACAAAGACGAUUAGAGUCGUUAAGAAAAAAGCAAAUAAUAGAUUGGCAAGAAUUCGACGUUGAAUCAAAAAGUCCAAUUCAACAACAAAUCGCGAAAAGCUAUGAAUUGAUGGAAAAAUAUCUGCAGCAAGCUGAUGAGUACAUAACAAACGUACGAAUUGCAAACGACACAAGAGAAAUGGACAGACGUGAAAGAGAAGGCAUCAACCGUGAGAAUAUUCUUAAAAAAUUAGAAGACGAUGCGAAAUUGGCUCAAGAAAAAUUCAACGAUAUCUCCGAAAAAUGGCUAGAAAUCUUGAACUACAAUGAUCCUCUUUUGAUAAGCGAAGCCAUACAACAGCAACAAGAAGCCGGUCUUGAAUUAGUCGCUCAAAAGGACGAAUUGAUUGAAAAUUUGAAACAGGAAAUUCGACAGGCCGACAGAAAUUUCGUUUUGGAUCAACGCAAACAGAACGAAGAUAUCAGUACCUUGAGUCAAAGAAUUGAAAAACAAGUUACUUUCAUGAGAAAUAUGUACCAUCAAGAGCUCGAGAAUAUAGAAAAUGUGAUGGUGAGCGAAAGAGAAAAACUAUUAAAACAAGCGCGAAAGCGCUGGGAUGAUCUGUAUAAACAGAGGGAUUUAGAUGAGUUGAGGAGUAAUGAAGAAAGAGAACAAGCUUUAGAGCAAUUCUAUCAGAAUUGGGACAAUCUCAGAAUUGAUUUUCAAGAAACUUUUAGAGCUACAAAAAUAAAAAUGGAAAGAGAAAUAGAUGAACUUCAAAAACAACUAGAAAUUAUUAAAGCAACAACUAUUUUAAAUAGUGAAAAACUGGAUUACAACUACCAGAUUUUGAAAAAACGAGAAGACGAGAGUAUUAGAAUAAAACUGCAACAAAAAGCAAAAAUAAACAAGCUAAAAUCAGUUACUAUUAAUUUAAGAAAAAAAAGUAAAGAAUACAAAGAGAAUUCGCUGCACAUGAUAAAAAAACUGGAAGAUGAGAUUAAAAAACUAAACGUGUCCAUUAUAGAGGUGGAGGCAAAAGCGGAUCAUUUUGCAUCAGCAAACGACAAAAAGUUCCAAAAGGUGUUAGAAUUGAACAAAGACGAGGCUCUAAGCAUUUUCAACAGAAUUCAAGAAAUCGAUGAGGUUUUACAUGUUCAGCAAAUGGGUGAAAACUGGUCACCUUUUCGAGGUGAUUUAAAGUUCCAUUAUUACGAGGAACUUUGUAAAAAAUACAAGAAUACUUCUAAACAGAGAGAAGAUGGUAUAUGUUCAAGAAGUUCAGAAGAAGUUUCAAUGGCGUUGAUUGGAGGCAAUGAAAAAGAAGCAUCGCAAUGUUGUAAAUUGGUGAAACAGAUUUUAACACAAGUUGCCGAUCGAUCAGGGUUUUUAAUUGAAGAAAAGCUAAAAAAUAUUUUAGAUCCAUACCUAGAUUUGCAGAAGACGGUUCUUAACAUUGAUAACAUUUUUGAGGCUUUGGGAAUAAAUAAUACAAAUGACGUUGAGUUGCUCGUUAAUUUUUUUAUGCCAUUCGCUAUUUGUACAAUUUGUAAUAAACAAGCUGAAGGAACUGAUCAGGAACGUACAGGAAAAGAGGAGGAAGAUUUUGAUAAUAAGUCAUUAUCCCUGACUGAAAUAGAACAAAAAAAAUGUCAGAAAUAUAAAGAAAGAAUUUUUGAAAGCAGCUCAUUUGAAUGUGCGGAACGUCAUAUUUUAAGUAUUAGUCCCGAGAAUGUUUUACUAGCUUUAAAAAAAUUUGUUCGUGCAUUUUAUUCAGAAAGUACUCAGAAGUUAGAUAUAAUAACGAAUAAAAGAGACACAAUUUCUCGGCAAUUACCGGUUACUGAAAUCAAAAAAUUUUGGAGUAAGUACAAAGAAGCAUUUCCAAAGGAAAAAGUGCAGUUGUGGGGAGCCCUAUUGGUGGGAUUGAAAAAGUAUCAUCAGUUAUUAAAAGAUAGAAAAGAACUAAGUGUUGAAGUAGUUUAUUUGAGAAAACAAAACCAGGAACUAACUCAGAUAUUGUCAAACUAUUUCCAUCAAGAUAAAUUGUUGUCUCCUGGUUAUGAAAUUAAUUCAAAUAAUUCGGAAUUAAUAAGUAGUGCUCAAAUUUUUACAAAAUUAUAA